AGGAUUGGUACCCAGCUUUGGGCGCUUCAUCCCUUGGAUGCGCAUCCUUUUUCACCGGCGGUCCCUCCAUUGUCUCUCCUCCCUCCCUCCUUCUUUCCUUUCUUCCCGCCCUCCUUCCUCCUCCUCCUCCUCCCGCCUUGGCUGAUGUCAUUGGCGGCUGGCUCUCGGGGCUGAAGGCAUCAGGCGAGAGGAGAAGCAGCAGCGGUAGCAGCAAGUCGGAGCCAAGGCCAUGGCUGCAGCGGCGGCGGUGGGUUGGCAGCGCCUCUCGCCCUCUUCUCCCACUUAAUUCCCGCCAAAAAGGGGGCCAUGGAGCCCGGCGGGGGUGCCUCCGGGGAGCCGCCGAGCCUGGCGCAAUUCCUGCAGAAGCUGAAGGAAGUCUUCGAUGUGUGCGACGAGGACGCCGACGGCUUCAUCCGGGUGGAGCAUUUCGUCGCCCUCGGGCUGCAGUUUGGGCAAGGCGAGGAGGUGGAAAAAUUUGCCAAAUACUUGGAUCCAAAUGACUUAGGCAAGAUCAGCUUCAAAGAUUUCUGUCAUGGAGUGUUUGCUAUCAAAGGUUGUGAAGAAUUGCUGAAAGAUACGUUGCCUGCUGAAAACCUUGAGCCUCAUCACUAUGAGACAGAAUAUGUCGAUUACUACUACCAGAGUUCUGAAAUCCAAGACGGUGGCUAUUUGGACAGUGAAAGUGCAUAUAGUGAAUCAGAUCUCUUUCCCGAUGAGGAAAACAUGACCCUGGCCCAACAAGAAGUCCACCAUGAGUCAGAUAUGGACAGUGCCAUUGAAAGUGCCCACAGUUCAGAAGCAUCGGAUGUGUGCAGCAGAAAUGAGGAGAAGGAUGCUGGGCUAAGUGGUCUCUUCUUGCCUGGAGAAAAGUUCAGCCCCCUCAAUCCCUCUGCAGCAUCAGACCUUUCCACCUAUUCCACUGCCUCUUUGAUCAGUAAUGAAGAACAGUUUGAAGACUAUGGAGAAGGAGAUGACGUGGACUUCACCCCCAGCAGCCCUUGCCCUGACGAUGAAAGCAGAACAAAUGCCUACUCUGAUCUUGGCUCAUCUGUUUCUUCCAGUGCCGGUCAAACCCCAAGAAAAAUGAGACAUAUUUAUAAUAGCGAGCUGUUGGAUGUCUACUGCACACAGUGCUGCAAAAAAAUCAACCUGCUUAAUGACUUGGAAGCUAGGCUGAAAAACCUGAAGGCAAACAGUCCAAACAGAAAAAUAUCUAGCACUGCUUUUGGGAGACAGCUGUUCCACAGCAGCAACUUCAGCAGCAGUAAUGGCAGCACAGAGGACUUAUUUAGAGACAGCAUAGAUUCAUGUGACAACGAUAUCACAGAAAAGGUGACUUAUUUAGAAAAAAAAGUAACGGAAUUGGAAAAUGAUAGCAUGACAAAUGGCGACCUGAAGAGCAAACUGAAACAGGAGAACACACAGCUAGUUCACAGGGUCCAUGAACUGGAAGAACUUUUGAAAGAUCAAGAGACAUCAGCUGAGCAGACUCUGGAGGAAGAGAUAAAGAGGCACCGGGAAGCACACAGCAAGUCUGAAAAAGAGAAAAGCACUGAAAUUGAACUACUAAACACAAGGGUUCAAGAGCUUGAAGAAGAAAACUGUGAGCUCAAAACUACAGUCUUACGACUGAAAUCACAAUCUGAGAAGCUAGAUGAGGAGAGGCAGCGAAUGUCAGACCGACUGGAAGACACCAACCUGCGGCUCAGGGAUGAAAUGGACUUGUACAAAAGAAUGAUGGACAAACUGAGACAGAACAGGCUGGAAUUUAACAAGGAGAGAGAGGCUACUCAGGAGCUUAUUGAGGAUUUGCGAAAGGAGCUGGAACACCUGCAAUUGUACAAGCUCGAAUGUGAGCGGUCUGGACGUGGGAGAAGUUCUUCCUCCAGCUUGAGCGAAUUUAGCGCAAGAGCAAGAGAAGUAGAAAUGGAGCAUGAAAUUAAGCGGCUAAAGCAGGAGAAUCAGAAGCUUCGUGACCAGAAUGAUGACCUGAAUGGACAGAUUCUAAGUCUCAGUCUUUAUGAAGCAAAGAACCUUUUUGCAACACAGACAAAAGCCCAGUCGUUGGCUGCUGAAAUUGAUUCUGCCUCCAGAGAUGAGCUCAUGGAAGCCCUUAAAGAACAGGAGGAGAUCAACUACAGACUCCGCCAGUACAUGGACAAGAUCAUCCUAGCCAUUCUUGACCACAACCCAUCCAUCCUGGAGAUCAAAAACUGAAGAUCUAGAGUCAGAAAGGGAAACCAGCAGAGAUUUGCAUACCUGAUGAGAUGCCAUGGGACCCAAAUAUCACUCUGCUACUGUAAAUGAACCUAUAAAUAUAUAUAUAUUAUAUAUAGAAAAAAGAAAACCUUGUGUGGACGCACAGGGCAUGUUUAUAUGAUGUUUGUCACAUUUUGUCUGUUAAUCAUAUUUUGGCUAGGUCAAGUUUCAUGCACUUUCACCACUUGGAGGUGUUGUGAUGGGGUAGGGAAAGACUGUUACAGGAUGUUGAUGACAUAUCUAUGUAAUUGGAUUUGCACUGUUUUAGAUACUGGACAAAAUAUGACACUACCUCUAGAGAUGCAAGGAUAAAAGACAAUGGAUACAUAUUUAGUGCCAAUUCUCCUCUUCUCCCCCACAAACCAUGCUGAAGUUCAUCUCUUUAUCAGCAGCGAUUCUCAUCUUCUCAGAUGAGUUGCCACAUCCAGGUUCAAUCCCUGGUGCUGGGUAUGUUGAUUUUGGGGUGUUUUUGUUUCUGUUUUCCUGGAAUCUGCUGCUGAAGCAGGAAAAUCAGUUAUACCUGUUUCUUCAGAAUGACUAUAUGUAUGACACAGAAGGGGGAAAAUACAGAUCUGGAUAAAUUGUUUUGUUUUUUAAAAAUGCCUUUGCUUUCUUUCCGUAAAAAGUGUUGUUAAAAUAUCUAGUAUACCAGAUUAUUAUCACACCAUGCAGUUGUAGUGCUUUGGUGCCUCCUUAACUGCUAUGACAAUAUCUUAGAGUAUUUUAAGAAAGGACCUUUUAGAGUCCUCAACCUGGGAGCUCCUUUGGCAUCACUAACCAAACAAAAAACCUCCCAGGAUUCCACAGGAUGCAGCCACGGCACUUAAGUGGAAUCAUAGUGCUAUAAUUGUGUAGUGUGAAAAGAGAUUAAGUGGCCACAAAACUUUUACACUGAGUGUAAAGGCACGUUUAAUUACCAGUUUGCAAACAUUCUACCAUACUUGUGAGCUGCACAGCUGUUUGUGACAUAUCUUUCUAGGCUGUAUGUUUUUCAGCUGCCCUGAAAGUGAUAUGAUUAGAACAGCCUUCCCCAGCCUGGUGCCUUCCAGAUAUGUUGUCCCACUAACUGUUGGAAUCCAUCAGCUAGAAUUCAGGUCGUAGAAUGCAAAACCACUGUGGCCAAUGGGGACUUGUAGGCUGGAUGGUGGAUUCUGGAUAAGAGAGUUCAGCACAUCUGGGAGGCAUCAGGAUGAGGAAAGACUAUGUUGACAUAGAUUGGGCUUUGAACUGCGCAACGUGUGAAAUGCAGUCUGACUUUGACUACGCAGUGCUCACUGUACUGUCACAACCUUGGCAACCAUGUAGAACCUUCACAGAGGGCUGCUGGAAUGCCCUCUUAAAAGCUGCACACUAGAAGUCCUGUACCUCCUUCUCCACAAGUGGAAAUCAACAAGCUGAGGCUUCGGUUUUUGAAAAUUUUGCUGACAGGAUUGUAGCAUUCCAUCUCAGUGCUCAGAAGAAGUUCCUCCACUGGUUUGCGACCCGUUUUGCAUUUGUUAUCAAUCCAGUAAUUAAGAAAAAUAACAAUUGUACAGAUGUUUGCCUUAAUGAGUUUUCCAGGGACCUGGGGCUAAACUCAGUUCUGUGCUUUAUUUAAGAGCAACAUUUUAAAAUUCUUCACUGAAGUUUUGGAAGAAAGGUUUAUUUACACUCCACAUUAUUUAUUCAACACAAUAGCUCAAUUUUUUUUAAUGAAAAUCACAGCAAGAUAUGAGAAUUGGUUGCAAGUGUAGGCAAUCAGUCUGGAAAAAUUUGGUGACCCAAUAGUAAUCUUUAGCAGAGCUUGGAAACACUGCAUUUUUGGACUUCAAAAAGAAACCUUCCAAAGCUCUCUCUGUAGUUGCAGAAAAGUAGCUUCCCAUCUAAAGUCACAACUACUAUCUGAAAGUAUUCACCGAGUCACCCUAGCUCCUUCUAUGUUUUCUUUUCCACUGUUUUUAAACCACUGCUUUUUAACCUGCUCAUAUUUGUUUAAGUUGUCAAAUAUAGCAGGCAAGCUCACUAUAGCAAAGAAAUCACUAGGCAAGAAUGAAUCCGCAACCGCUUCUUCAAUUAAAAGCUGCUUCACACACACCCGACUUUCUGCGUGGAAUUGCUUUCUAUGUAGGAAAUGGCAUUGAAAGUUGCAUGUGUAUUGUUGCAUGUGACAACCGGGCACAUAUAUGUCUGUUUAGUGUGUGUAAGAGAGAAAGACUGGUUAUCCCAAACAGGUUUUGUGCCAUUCCCUAUUUGCGGUUCACAUGCAGAAAAUGCCAUAAUGUGUAAAACAGCUAUACAGCUUGAAGAAUUCCUGUCUCUAUGAAAACAUGUUGUAUUCUCCCCCUAUUCCCAAGUGAUUGUAAACUUACAGUACUAAGUUAAAACAUAUCUUGUUUUUAAACAGGCACUAAAUUUGAUGUGUAUAAAUUAUUCUAAGUCUAGGAACUGUAGCUACAAAAAUAAAUAAAAAUUGACUCAGUAUUAAUUUUAAGCCCUUAAACAAUGUUUUUUUUUAAAAAAAAAAAUAGGGAUUUGUAUAAGGUGAUUCUAGAUAUUCCAGUAAAUAUCUUGUUAUUGACUAUAGAUUGACAAAUAUUUUUUUUCUUGGUUAUUUACCAACAUUGGGGGCGGGGAUCCCCUGGGAGAAAUGGAUCCCCUCUUCUUGAAUCCCCUCUUUGUCUAAAUCAGUGGUUCUCAACCCAUGGGUAACUAGAUGUUUUGGCCUUCAGCACCCAGAAAAUCUCUAACAGCCGGUAAACUGGCUGGGAUUUCUGGGAAUUGUAGGCCAAAGCACAGGUAAACAGAAGUAAGAAGUAAAUAGAGUUUAGGAUAAGCAGGGGUGCUUUUUAGUGUGAAUGACUGAAUACCAUAAGAUUGCUAAUGUUUUCUAAACUUAGUUUUCUAGCAACUCUAUAUCUACAUUUGCAAUUGAUGACAUUGAAUCCAUGGUCUCACACUCACUUUUAAUCAGAGUCAGGGAUGUUCCUUCCCAGCACUUUUCCAAGGAUGUUCAGGAGAUUCACAGAAAUCACUAACAUGUACUAGAAUUCUUUCUCAUCCUACCUUUAUCCUUCUCUUGUUAUAACAACAAAAACUGUUUAACUGAAAUGCCUAGAUUCAGUUGUUAGUGCUGAAUAGACUCACUGAAUCAAUGAAAGUUACAUCAGUGUAAAUUUCCAAGCUCUUAUUGAUUUAAUGGGUGUACGUUAUUGGGACUAACAACUGUAUUUUAGGCCUAAGUGUUAACUGUUUAUGUUGGCUUUUGACCGGUCACCUGUUUGUCUCAGUUAACAUUCUGGAGUGCAUGAAGUCAUGUUUCUGGAUUAUUUUUGCUUUCCAUUCCAUGGACAACUUGUUCUAACACUUCAUGACUCUCUUUGGGAAAGGUGAAUAUAGAUACUCCCAACUUUUCAAGUGAUUUGACUUUAGUUGGUGAUUGUAUUGACUGAGUUUACAGGGUUGGAGGUAGGAUGAAUCUCAAUGUUUGAUUUGAUGACAGUUUUAACAAUAUGAGAUGUGUUCUUUAUAAGCUGAAAGAACUGGGCAUGUUGAAAUUUGAAAAGUUCAGAGAAGUUGAAAGUUCAGAGAAGGGAGUGAAGAGGGUAAGCAGGCGACAAGGAAUCGGGAGAAACUGAAGGGAGAAUGUGUUAAGCACAAGAGUUAACCGGUCUUGGAGGACUGUGGCAUGGUUUCUAAGGUAGUGGGGAGAAAGAUUUAAAAUAGUUUGGGUUAGCAAGUGUUGUGCAUAGCCUUAGGUUAGAGCAACUUGCUACUGCUUAGCACUCUUUGAAAUGCUCAACUACAACUCCCAACAUUCCCCUCUUGUAAGCCCACAGGGGACAUGGGAGUAGUAGUCCAAAACAUUUGAAGAUGACAACAUUGGGUUAGAGCUCCUCUGAUCACUAGAAAAUGCUGGGUGAUGAAUUCUUUGAGUCCCUCAGACCAAGAACUUUAUUUACAGUCAUCAAUAAAUGGGCCUUCAUAAGUAAUGUGCCAAUGCCUUUGGCUUAAUUUAUAGUUGCUAGAGAUGUUGCAUACAAAGAUGGACAAUAUGCCUAGUGACCAACUGUCGUCUUUAGAUAUGUGCCUUAGUCUUGAGGCUGCCAUUUUGAAAAAAUAGUAGCAAUAUCUGGUCUAAUUUCAGAUUUCUGCAAGCUACACCUCCCUUUGCUCCCCCCAAAUAUAAUUUCCAAGUCAAGGACUAGGAUCACCAAUGGGUGGAAGUCAUCAGGUGUAUAGUAUGUGCCAUGCAGUACAGAGAUACAAUGUUUAGACAAGAACAUUAUCUGUGUGGAGGAAUUUGCUAAGAAUAUUUUGAAAUUUGCUAAUAUAUGUGAACAAAGACCAAAUGAAGUCAAGUUCUUAGCUAGAAGAAAAGACUGAGAGGUGAUCUAUUUAAUACCGUGGCUAUGGUUCUAUAUAUACUCAACUGAGAGAAAUGUGAUUCUUUUAAAUAUACAUAGGAUUGCUCUGCGAAUCAAGUUCAUGAAAUGUUACUUAGUGUCAUAAUAGUGAGAAAUCCAUAUCUGUGCCUAGCAUGGUCAAGACAAAGGGAAACAUCAGUCAAAAUGACAGCCAAAAUACUGAGGCUUAUUUACUUUUCUAGCAGAAAGGGAAUUGUAGUCAUCUAGGUGCUUUCAUAAACUAGCCAUUUUUAAAAGCAGUGUAGAUAAAUUGUUGGAUGAGGUGGAUUGAAGCAGGAGAUGUAAUAAGGCUGUCCCAGCCCUUUAGCAUGAGGCCAAUCUAUUGGAGAGUAUAGCACAUAUGUGUGUGUCUUUAUUCACAAAGUUGCCUUAGGUAGGAUUUUUGCUGUUGGCUGAGUAUCCAUCAAAUACCACCCAACUUGGUUUUUUGGAUGGUUCUGUUAUCUUGCUUCAGAUUGUGUUGAAUUGGCAAAAUUCUUGAAAAUUAUUUUUACCACCAGUCUGGUUAUAUUAACAAUGUCAUAGUGAAGUAAGGAAAUUACAUGAGUUUGUAAUUCCUCUGUUAUUUGAAAAUAGCACAUCGGAGGAUGCUAAUUUUUUGUCACAUGAGUGUCAUCAAAUCCUCCUUUCUGAUAUAUCACAUGAACCACCUGAAGCAGGAUAGUGGCAAAAGGUAUUAUCAAUUCAUUUGGAUUUGUAAACCAGUCCACAAUGACGAUCUCAAUAUAAUUCACAUAUAAACUUCAGCAGGAAAUGCAGUAUCCUUAUUUGGAAAUAAUAUUUUUUUUCUGUUCCUGCUGUUACAAAAAUGGAGGGGAAGGACAAGAGGGAGAAAACAAAACCCUGACAGUAUAUAUAUAUGGGUAUAUAUAUUUUCUCAGUAUAAUUAUUUUCCAUCACUUUAUCAAAGUAUUAAUGCACUUGCUUGAAUGAAAAUCAUCCAGGGCAACUUCAUACUCUUCAUUCUUACACAUACAUGGUGACUUUUUGGUCCAGGUCCACAAAUGCAUUUAUAGGUAUCAAGUAGUGAAAAAAAGUGAUCAAUUAAUGAUGGACUCAAUUAAGUUUUUCAUUUUGCAAGAUCUGGUGGCUUGCAUAUUUCAGAGGGGCUGUCCAAGGUCCUGACCUUAUUUGGGGAAAGGAUUCAGCACCUUGUAUGGCUACUUUAAAGCUGUGGUGUCUAUUGUCUACCCUUUGCUCCGCCAGGAAUUUGAGACUUCAAGUCCCAGAAAUCCUGGUCAUCUUGUCCAAUCCUUGUGAAUUCUGGGAGUUGACAUCUAAAACACCCGAAGGACCAGUGGCUGGAUGCCACUACUAUGAAGUUUGAAGUAAAAAGUGGAGCAAAUGAAGUUAAAACCAUCAGCUGACAGAUUCUGGUUUGACAUGAAUGUUAAGGAGGCAAUAGGGUAGUUUAAAAAGGAACACUUUGGAUCUAUGGUGCCUGAAACAAUGAAAUAUAGGAGUAUAGCAGCUAUUUCUAUAUGAAUCAUGUAAAAUGGGAGAGAACCUCAGGGAACAAUAUUCAUCUCAACAGGGAAAUAGGCAAAACCAAGUCCAUUAUGAUUUCUCUGUCUACAGUGAUGCAGAUUUAAAUGCAUUUCACUAGUAUUUAGAAAGUGUAUAUAUAUAAAAAUGACAAAUAUAACACAAAUGUUAGGUAUGAGUGGCUCAUUUGGGCAAAAUUCAAAAUGUGAAUUUUAGAUUUUAAUUACUUGUCGGAAACUGGGCAGCCAAAAGCCAACAUUUGUAUCAGUUGCAGGACACAGAACAAAUGUUUAGAAGGAGUAAAGACCAACAAAGAUUUGGUAAUAAGCAUUUUAAAUGUUGACACUGCUGUGAAAGAAGUCAUCAAUCCAAAUGAGCACAAGGUGCCACCUUUUUCACUUGGGUUCUGGCAAAGACAUGAACAAGAAUUGGGAGAAGAAUGAUUCAAGCAACCAUACAUUUAAACCAACACAGCCAUAGCAGGGACAAUGGGAGAAUUUUGCAACCUUUCCCCAUCAGAAUACUCUGCUUCAUCAUUGCUCAAUCCCACCAUGUAAAAUUAUCACUUUGGUCUUUUGAAGUGAGCAGGAGAGGAUAAAAUAGCCGCUUCAAUCUAUGCUACAAGGCAAGGCAUACAUUGAGCUUCUUGUAUAUUUCAGUACUGAAAUAUACUGAGAAUUGCUGUAAAUGUAUAAUGUGGGAGCCAUUAGUUUUGCUUUUUUGCACCAAUUGUACCUAUGAGUAAGUGUUGGGUUUUUAAAAAAUUGAUUUGCAUGAUUAUAGUUUUAGUAUUUGUGCCUUCAACUUGACUAUGUACAGAUUCCAUUUUUCCACCUAUUUGCCACAAAUUUUUAUAUAUUUUGAAGGUCAUUUAUUUGUUUACUCUUCUUUGUUCUGGCAUUGCCUUCCCUCCCCAGCCCCAAAAAUAUACUGUAAAUCUGUAUAUAUAAAACAGAACUGAGUUUGUAUUAAUGUGCCUCAAUAGGAUGUAAAAAGAAAAAGAAAAAUCUAUUCAUGUUUGUACAGUACUUUUCUUUCUUGCUUUCUUAGAAGAACUACUUCUUGUCCUGAGUAUUUAGCAAGUUUCUGAAUAAGUAGUUUAUUUGUCUUCUUUCAGAAUUGUUGUGUUGAAUGGAUGGAGUAAUUAUAUCUCUAUCUGUAUGUCUUUUUGUAAAAGCUGUCUUGUCUGACUUGUCUCUUUCUCUUAUACACACACAGACACACACACAGCUGUGAUCUUUCCUGGUUUGUUGUUAUUUAUAAUAAGUUGCAUCUAUUUUGUCCACUUUUAGAAUCUGGAACAAAUUAAAGUGAUGGCUUACCCUAA